AUCAAUCUAGAUUUCGGAUAAGGGUGUAUUUUCAGAUGAUAAGGUUAUCAAAUCUUGUCAGAUUUUCAGAUAGAACCAUAGAAUCUGAAGUUCAAGUAGAAUCAGGUGCUUUCCCACCUCAAAUAGUCACAGUAUUAAUAAAAAUUAAUCGGUUAACCUUUUAG